AUGUCUUUAACGGUUCGGAGAGUAAAUAAAGUGACGAGAGAAUUGUUUGAAACAAAACAAAAUGUGGAGAAAGAAACUCAAUCGGAAUUGAGAAGAAUUUCAAGUCAAAUCUUGAUUCAAUGGAUGAGUGAAAUAAGAGAUGAAAAUCUGAUUCGAGAGAUUAAUGUUAAUGUCGUUGAUUUAUUUAUCAUUGCACUUGAACAUGAACUUCCUGAACUUCUUAUUUUAAAGGAACUUUGUGAUGUCUAA